ACAAACAACAUGUGCGAACGUCACAAUACCAAGGAAGAAGAAGAGAUCCCAAUCCCAUGACAGGCCCAUGGACUCCACCCUGCAACAAAAAAAACGGUUUCCAGGGCCUGGUAGAUAUUUCACUGAUAUGUUGAAAGAAUCUGGGCUACACCCUAUUACCAAACCCACACAUCCUGUACAGACUCGCCACUCAUUCUUCCUGCUCCUGCGUCGAAACAAAAUGGCGACGGGUGGUUUAUCUCGGGAGCAUUUUAUCUGCUCUGUCUGUCUCGGUGUCUUCUCCAACCCCGUCACUAUUCCCUGUGGACACAACUUCUGCCAGGGAUGCAUACAGGCCUACUGGAACAAAGGGGAGUGCAGCUGCCCUCUGUGUAUGAGACAGUUCGCUCAGAGACCUGAGUUGGCCAUGAACCAUGUUCUAGACGCCCUGUCCAACACUCUCAGAUUGGAGGAGCCACAUCCGGACCCGGCGAAAAUCUCCAUUCCUCCCAGGAAAAUGGCAGGGAAGUGUACAGCUAUACCUGAAGACCUGGGCCAGCCAAGGGAUGUGAACACAUUAUGUGGUGAACAUGGUCAACCUCUGUCUCUGUUCUGCCUGGAUGAUAAGGCUCUGAUCUGCGCUCAAUGUGACUCUCUGGGUCAUAAGACCCACAAAACCACACCUGCAGAGGAACAGAUCCCCCAAAUCAAGCAGAGACUGCUAAAAGAGCUGCUUGCCAAAAAGAACAACGUGUGCACGGUAAAGACGGAGAUUCUCAAAGCAAAGAACACCAUGGAGUCAUUCAAGAUCUCUGCCAAUCUACAGAAACAAGAGCAGCAGACAAAUUUCACCAUGCUGAUCUCAGCCAUCACAGAGGGCCAGAAACAACUGAUGGACUCAAUGGAGGAGAAAGAGAACGAGAUGCUGCUGAAAGCGGAGAGUGAGGUACAGAAGAUGGAGAAGAGAUUCAAGAGCUUGGAGGAUGAGGUCACUGGGAUAGAGCUCACAUUGCAGGGUGAAGAACCUGGGAGGUUGCUUCAGGAUUACAAUGCCCUGCAGAAAGGCUCAGUUGAUGCAUCUCCAUACUGUGUCAGUCUGGACCCAGAGGAGAGACUUGUUCAGGCAGGAAAACUCAGAGAGAUGCUCCACAUGGAGGUGGACAGGAUCUGGAAGGACCAAGGUUCUGCCGUUAGGACAGCUUUACGUGUAGAUCCUACAGCUUGUUGGUGUUCACUGUCCACACUGAAACAAUAUGAAAAGACCAUCACCUUGGAUCCCAAUUCUGUCGGGAGACAUAUCUGGCUAUCUCUUGACAUGACCAGUGCUAGGAACACAUACCCACACAUCCAGCCCCACACCCUCCACCCAGAGAGGCUCAAACAGAGUGAAAUGGUGAGGGGCACUCAAGGCUUCAGUAGAGGCUUCCACUUCUGGCAAGUGCACUUUAUGAAUCUUCCCAGUGGAUCAAAGGAGGACUCGUAUUAUGAGGUUGGGGUGAUGUACAAGGAAAACGCUGGCAAAAUGAAGGAGAGUUGGCGCAUACGGUUUCCCACCUCUCAGUCUAAACCACAUGCUGAGGCGUAUUCAGGUGAGACAGUUCAUAACAUAACCACUGGUAACAGGUUUAGCAGCAUUCAUAUGUAUUUAGACUAUGACUCUGGAAUCUUUGCUGUGUACGGUAAUGUAUCAAAUACUGUAGGAUAUAUAAAUCAAAUUAACUUAAAUCGUGUUUACUCUUUCAACACCAAAUUCAGUGAACCUCUGUACCCCAUGUUUGUAAUCCCUAAAGGGGCAGAUAUUAGGUUAAAUUAGGGGACCCAAAUGAUGAAGUUACCCAUCUGUAGAUUUAUAGUACUCUGAGCAGAAAUCAUGGAACAGUUACUUAAUCUAAAAUGUUAAUUUGGAAUACAAUCUGUUUUUUGUACACUUAAAAGAAAAAGUAAAAUGGCACAAUUGAUAGCUGUGUACUUAUUAAGCAUGAUGCUUGCUGUGACUGCACAGAAAAUAGGACUUUACCUCAUUGAUGUAUUAAAAGUUUAAUAUCUUGUUUUUGCUUUUUGUUGAGACAAUUUAUUUUCCGCUUAUCAUAGAUUUUCUGUAAUGUCAGAUUGCUGGGUGGGUGAGGGUUUAAAAAACACUCCAAAAAAUGUGCACUUGAUGAAAUUGAUGGAUUGAAAUAUCAAUAAAAUGCAAUGUAACAAAAA